AUGAAGAAGCUGAGUGUUUUCAUUAUUUCCUUCUUGCUCCUGAAGUUUUCUCUCAUCUUGUGCAGUUUGGCUGAAGACAGCUGCUUUUGGAGGAUAAAGCACAAUGAAGAGGAUGAUGGAGAGUUGCGGACUGACUGUGGUUUUAUUCUUUUCACAAUUCCAUACCCCAUAGAGGAAGGUUUUUAUAAUACUCUAAUUGAUUUCAGAAUACCAACAAGAAAAUAUGAGUUUUUCCUGGUAUUGUUGUUUGCUACUGAUGAGAUUAACAGGAAUCCUUAUAUUUUACCCAACAUGUCUUUGAUUUUUUCCAUCAUUUCUGGCAUGUGUUUUAAAACAAUGAAUACAAUCGAUUUCCUAUACUCACCCAAAAACAGCUUCUCAAAGCCACCUAAUUAUGACUGUGGAACAUCUUCAUGUGAUGUUGCACUUACAGGACCAUCAUGGACUACAUCUGUAAAGCUGACAACCUACACCACAUAUCCACAGAUUUUCUUUGGACCAUUUCAUCCUAUCCUGAGUGACAAUGUCCUGUUUCCCUAUGUCUGCCAGGUAGCACACAAAGAUACAUGUUUGCCACAUGCCAUGGUCUCUUUGAUGCUUUAUUUUACAUGGACCUGGAUAGGGUUGGUUAUCUCAGAUGAUGACCAAGGAAUCCAGUUCCUCUCAGACUUGAGAGCAGAAAUGCAAAGGAAAGGAAUUUGUUUAGCUUUUGUGAAUGUGAUCCCAGAUAGCAUGCAGUUAUACAUGGCAGGAGCUGUAAUAUAUGACAACCAAAUCAUGACAUCAUCAGCAAAGGUUGUUGUCAUUUAUGGUGAAAUGAACUCUACCCUAGAAGUCAGCUUCAGAAGAUGGGCAUAUUUAGGUGUACAGAGAAUCUGGGUCACCACCUCACAAUGGGAUGUCAUCACAAGUAAGAGAGAUUUCAGCCUUGACCUCUUCCAUGGGACUGUCACUUUUAUACACCACCAUGCUAAGGUUCCUAAAUUUAGGAAUUUUGUGCGAACACUGAACACUUCCAAAUAUCCAGUAGACAUUUCUCAGAUGAGAACAAAGUGGAAUUUUUUUAAUUGUUCAGUCUCUGAAACCAAUUAUAGCUCAAUGAAUCAUGGUUCAAUCAACACUACAUUGGAAUGGUUAUCACAACACAAAUUUGACAUGGUCUUGAGUGAAGAAGGUUACAAUUUAUACAAUGCUGUGUAUGCUGUGGCCCACAGCUACCAUGAAAUCAUUUUCCAACAAGUGGAGUCCCAGCAUAUAGCCAACCAUACAGGAAUAUUCCAUGACUGUCAUCAGAUGGCUUCUUUGCUGAAGAAGAGGGUAUUUACUAACCCUGUUGGAGAGCUGGUUGACAUGAAUCUGAGACAAAAAUUGUGUGGAAAUUAUGACAUUUAUAACAUUUGGAAUUUCCCACAAGGCUUUGGAUUAAAGGUGAAAAUAGGAGACUACUCACAUUAUUUCCCACAGAGCCAACAACUGCAUAUUUCUGAAGACUUAGAGUGGGCCACGGGAGCAACAUCGGUUCCCACUUCUACAUGCAGUGUGACAUGCACUCCUGGAUUCAGGAAAUUUCAUCAGGAACAUACACCAGACUGCUGCUUUGAUUGUGUCUGGUGCCCAGAGAAUGAAGUUUCCAAUGAGACAGUUGAUAUGGAUCAGUGUGUGAGCUGUCCAAAUGACCAGUAUUCAAAUGCAGAGCACACACUGUGCCUACAAAGACACGUGUCCUUUCUAGCUUAUGGGGACCCACUGGGGAUGACUCUGGCCUGCAUGUCCGUGUGCUUCUCUGCCCUCACAGCUCUUGUUCUUGUGGCUUUUGUGAAGUACAAUGACACUCCCAUUGUGAAGGCCAAUAACCGUAUUCUCAGCUACAUCUUACUGAUUUCAAUCACCUUCUGUUUCCUCUGUUCAUUGCUCUUCAUUGGGCAUCCCAACAUAGUCACCUGCAUCCUGCAGCAGACCACAUUUGGAGUCUUUUUCACAGUGGCUGUGUCUACUGUCUUGGCCAAAACAAUUACUGUGGUCCUGGCCUUCAAGCUCACUACUCCAGGAAGAAGGAUGAGAGGGAUGCUGUUAUCAGGGGCAACUAACUUUGUCAUUCCCAUCUGUGUCCUGGUCCAAGUUAUUCUCUGUGGAAUCUGGCUGGCAACAUCACCCCCCUUUAUUGACACAGAUACACACUCUGAGCAAGGGCAAAUCAUCAUCAUGUGUCACAAAGGCUCCGUCAUUGCAUUCCAUUUUGUUCUGGGAUACUUGGGCUCCUUGGCUUUGGGGAGCUUCACUGUGGCUUUCUUGGCCAGGAAUCUUCCUGAUAAAUUCAAUGAAGCCAAAUUCCUGACCUUCAGCAUGCUGGUGUUCUGCAGUGUCUGGGUCACCUUCCUCCCUGUCUACCACAGCACAAAGGGAAAGGUCAUGGUGGCUGUGGAGGUCUUCUCCAUCUUGGCCUCCAGUGCAGGACUGUUAGGGUGUAUCUUUGCCCCAAAGUGUUAUGUUAUUUUGAUAAGACCAUAUUCGAAUUCUCUUCAAAAGUACAUGGAUAAGUUGCGUUAUUGA